AUGAAGAGCCUCCAGUUCCGUAACAUCGCUCCUAAGGCUCCGGCCGCGGUGCCCUCGUCCUCCCCCGCGCUCCCGACCUGCCUGCCCCCCUCCACGCUCCCCGAGGCCUGCACCGCAUCCAGCCCUAACUCCAUCAUCGUCCCCGCCCAGAACUACGCGCUCAUGCAGAUUGCGGGCCAGGAUGGAACCUUCUCUCUGGUGGCUCUCCCCAAAUCUGUGUCCUCCCAAACAUCCCAGCCGCAGCCACACACCAAUAACCUCAAACUGCCCAUCCCGCGGUACCAGCCCCCCCGCUGCAAAAGCAACACCGACAAGGCCAAGGCUCCUCCGACUCCCAAGGCUAGAAACGUGCCUAAAGCCACGGGUACGCAAACCAAGCUGCUGCCCAAAGUGCUCAAAGAGGAACUUUCAGACCGGCUCGUGUCUUUAGACCAGGCCUCUUCUGAGACCGUCUUGUGCCCCGCUUCUCAACUGGAACCAAAAGCGGAGUCCUCCCAAUGCGCUGCAACUGCUGGCCUGGUCCAGAACAUUCAGUACCCCGCCCCAGGGAUCCAGACAUCACCCGGGAAAGUUCCGGAGGAAGUCAAGGCAGCCGUUCAGUUGUGCCAAUCGAAGCCGUCAGGAGGCCUCACCGUCCUGUCAUCCACCGCCAUCUUCAGCAAAGCGGUGCAGAUCAUCCCGUCACCACCCAAAGGGAAAGUGCCCAUUCUGCCAUACGCCAAAGUCAACAACGGCCUCAUCCCAGCGUCGACGCUUUGCUCCACGACCACCGAGGACAGUCAAGCACCAGAACCGCAACAGAAUCAAGUCAGAACUGGACUUUUCCCCAUUUUAGGACCAGUGCAAAAGGCCACGGGAAAGAGGCGAGGUCGCAAGAAGAAGACGCUGGAGGACAUCUUGGCCUUUGAGGCGCGCAAGAAGAGGUCGCUUUCCUUUUUCCGCCGGAGAGUCCCAGACAAGCCUCCCUCCAUGACCCCGAGCAAAGAGAAGGAGGUGGACAUCUCCAAGAAGUACCGCAGCAUCCGGCCCAAGCCCAUGCUGCUCAUGGAGACCGUGCCUCAGCUGGUCGGCCUGCCCGCCCUGGCCGCACACAGGACGAGCCCGCCUCCAGCCUCGGUCGGCCUCCAUCCGCCACAUUCCCGACUGCACCGCUGUCCCACCUGCAGCCGCUCGUUCCAGUUCAAGCACCACCUGACCAACCACAUGUACAGCCACUCCAACAGCCGGCCGUACGUGUGCCCUCUGUGCCGCAAAGCCUAUGCACACUCGGGCAGCCUCAGCACGCACAUGAAGCUGCACCACGCCGAGGUGCGCCCCCGCAGGGCCCUGUCCUGCGACUUCUGCCACAAGAACUUUGGAUACGUGGGGGUCUACUUCAGCCACCUGCGUGAGGUCCACAAGGUGCUGCUCACCGUGGAGCCGUCCAUCAGCCAGCAUGAGGAUCACACACACGGGUCGAUGGCGGAGGUGGGGGAGGAGGCCCGCGAGGACCCAGUGGAGCUGCAGAUUAAGUGUGGCCGGUGCCAGGCCAUCACGCCCACCUUUACCGACAUGAAGAUGCACCUACGCCACGUCCACGGAGAAGACCUGCCGCUAGACCGAGCUCUGCGCUACGGGCGCGAGGCCGAGGACGAGCUGGUCCAACACGCUGCGCACUACUGGAGACAGCUCAACCACAAGCGCAACGUGGUCAAGUGCGGCAGCUGCGACGCCGAGUUCUUCUCCUUCUCCAAACUCAAGAGACACAUGCAGUCGCAGCACCUGGCUCAGGACGCCUCCCCAGAGCGAGGGGGAGGGCUGGGCCUGCUGUCCUCAGGGCGGGACGGCGCGGCGCUGAACUGUGUGCUGUGUAGAGACGUGUGUGAGAGCAGAGAGCGCCUCCUGCAGCACUGGAGCGAACUGCACCAGUGUGAGCAGCCUGCCCUGCUCUGGGACGCUCUGAGCGCAUACACGGGACCAGAGGAGCUGGACACGCCUCACUUGAGCCCACGCUAA